CCCAUCCCGAGUCGUUCUUAGUCAAAAAGGCCACUAUGUUCGACGCGGCAUCCGCAGACUCGUCUCCCGUUCUGCAGUCCACCGACGCGCCGUGACAGCCCACGCCAUGCCUCCUCCACUACCUUUGUUUGUUAUUUAGCUCUUCGGAAUCUUCGAUCAAACCUCCUUAAUUAGCGAUUUCUGUUUUCUGUUCUUCGUAGUUGCUGUUCCUUCCGGCCCCAGCCGCGUCAGGGCGAGUCUCCAUCCACCAUCACCUCGAUGGCUAUGGCGAUGCCGAUCGCUGGCUAAUUGAUGAACGCCCUCGAGAAGUCCGUCAUCGCCUGCCCCUCCAUGGCUCUUCCCUUCAUCUUUGCCUUCCUCUUCCUCCUCUCGGGGGAUUUCAGGGCGGCGGGGACAGCGGCCGAGUGCGAGGGCCGCUGGAUCUACAUCCGCGAGCUGCCGAGCAGGUUCAACACCGACCUUCUCGCUACUUGCGACGACUUCCCCCUCCUCUUCGAGCUCCGGGAGCAGCAAGAGAAGAGCCUCCUCCCCUUCAUCGCCAACCAUGGAUUGGGGCCUCGCACCCACAACCGCUCCCACUCCUGGUACCGCACCGAUCCCCUCUUCAUGGAGCUCCUUUUCCACCGCCGCAUGCUUGAGUACCCCUGCCUCGUCGCUGACCCUGCCGCCGCCGAUGCCGUCUUUGUCCCCUACUAUGCGGCCAUUGCGGCCCUCCCCUUCCUCUAUUCCCCCCACCAAUGGAACUCCUCCGCCCUCCAUGGCCGCGACCUCGCCGAUUGGCUCCGCCGCGACCGCCCGGCGAUCUGGUCUCGCCGCGCCGGCCAUGACCACUUCCUCGCCGUGGCCGGCGCCGCCUGGGACUUCGACAACGACCCUGCCCAAACCACGGUGUGGGGCACCGCCUUCCUCGGCCUCCCCGAGUGCUACAACCUCUCUGCUCUAACACUCGAGUCGCGUGCCUGGCCUCUUCAGGAGCACGCCGUCCCGCCCCCGACCUCCUUCCACCCCGCCACCCUCGGCCGCUUCAAUGCCUGGCUCGCCCGCGCGCGCCGCUCUCGUCGCCCCGCACUCAUGCUCUUCGCAGGCGGGGCUGCCUCCAGCAGCGGUCGGCCCAACAUCGCCUCGAGCAUCCGCGCCGAGUGUGAGCUCCGCCGCGACCUCUGCGACAUCGUCGACUGCUCCAGGGGCGCCUGCGCCCACGAUCCCGGUCGCUUCAUGCGCCCCAUGAUCCGGGCCCGGUUCUGCCUCCAUCCGCCGGGCGACACUCCGACGCGCCGGUCCACCUUCGACGGCAUCCUCGCCGGGUGCAUCCCGGUGUUCUUCGAGGAGGCGUCGGCAGCGAGGCAGUUCGGAUGGCACCUCCCACGCCGCCGGUACAGUGAAUUCUCCGUGCUAAUACCCAAGGAGGAGGUGGUAUUCAGGGGUCGGCGGAUCGCCGACGUGUUGGAAGCGAUACCCCGGGCGCGGGUGCGGCGGAUGAGGAAUGCGGUACUGGAGCUGGCGCCGGCCGUCAUGUACCGCCGGCACGGGAGCUCCACUGCGCUGCGGGCGCGGAAGGACGCGUUCGAUCUGGCCAUCGAGGGGGUCCUGCGGCGCAUCCGAAGGCGGGUGCAAGCGAUGGAGCAGGGGACGAACCCGCUCGUCCUGGUCGGUGAGGAUGAGGAAGAGCAGCAUCAGCAGCAUCUGCAGCCGUCUGAUAGCUGAUCGAACGGUCCAGAUACGUCUCUUUUCUAUAUUUUGGAAUUUUUGGUUUUUUGACCAAAACGAAUUGAAUUCGGAUUUCAACUACUUGAACAAAAAAGUGAUUUCUGAAUAGGAGUGAUUGAAACCAUUUUUUA